AUGGACAACGCCGGGAAGGAGCGCGAGGCGGUCCAGCUGAUGGCGGAGGCGGAGAAACGAGUUAAGGCCUCUCACUCCUUCCUCAGAGGGCUGUUUGGAGGAAACACAAGAAUAGAAGAGGCUUGUGAAAUGUAUACCAGAGCUGCGAAUAUGUUCAAGAUGGCUAAAAAUUGGAGUGCUGCAGGAAAUGCAUUUUGUCAGGCAGCCAAGCUCCAUAUGCAGCUUCAGAGCAAACAUGAUUCUGCCACCAGUUUUGUGGAUGCUGGGAAUGCGUACAAAAAGGCAGACCCUCAAGAGGCUAUCAACUGCUUAAAUGCAGCCAUCGACAUUUACACAGACAUGGGAAGGUUUACAAUCGCAGCCAAACACCACAUUACCAUCGCUGAGAUUUAUGAGACUGAACUUGUAGACAUCGAGAAGGCUAUCGCACAUUAUGAACAAUCGGCCGAUUAUUACAAAGGAGAAGAAUCCAACAGUUCAGCUAACAAGUGUCUGCUGAAGGUGGCAGCGUAUGCUGCCCAGCUUGAGCAGUACCAGAAAGCUAUCGAGAUCUAUGAGCAGGUUGGGGCAAACACCAUGGAUAAUCCUCUGCUGAAGUACAGUGCGAAGGAUUACUUCUUUAAAGCAGCCCUCUGUCACUUCAUAGUCGAUGAGUUGAAUGCCAAGCUUGCUCUUGAAAAAUAUGAGGAAAUGUUUCCAGCCUUUACUGAUUCAAGAGAAUGUAAAUUAUUGAAGAAACUUCUGGAAGCUCAUGAAGAACAGAACAGUGAAGCUUACACUGAAGCAGUGAAGGAAUUUGACUCAAUAUCUCGCUUGGAUCAGUGGCUUACUACCAUGUUGCUUCGUAUCAAAAAGUCCAUCCAAGGGGAUGGAGAAGGAGAUGGAGACCUAAAGUGAAACAUUUAUAAGUCUUUGUGGCAUGCAGCUAACUCCUCUUUAGUUCCUCUUAGGGCCAGUAAUCUUUAUGGGAUGCCCACUUAAUGGCUUAGUUUUGUUGCACAUGAACCAAAUGAUGUGUGUGUGAUUCAAGUUAGCUGUGUUUGUGUCACUGUUGAGCAGAUGGAUAAAAGAAGCUCCUGUGCAUAUUGUGGGUGUGAUGGGCUAUUUCAUGCUCGCCAGAGUCCCCAGAAUUUUCUGAGUACUACUUCAGAAUUUUAUUCUUGUUUGGUGUUUGCAGAGCCCAUGUUUAAUUUCACCACAUUUUUCUGUCCUGUUUUUGGACUUGAGUACCCAACCCAAUUGCUCUAAUUGAUGCUUUGCAUAUUCUCUGUAAAUUUGCAUCUGGAUGUAUUCUCUUAAGUGUCUGUGUUUAGUUUAGGGUGGUGGUUAGGAAUGAGUUUAUGACUUACUUUAUUAGAAAUUUGCUGUUGUUGUUAUCUUGUGAUUUUUUGAUGGUACUAAUGACCAGUUUCUUUGCUUUUGAUAUUGUUCUCUAUGCUAAUAUGCACGUGAAAAUUCAGAGCAGCCGGGGUCUGCCUGCAUUACUUACAUUGUGAGAAAAGGGAGCAUCCUGGCAGUGCUUGCUUAUGUGUGCGGAUGAAUGUCAAGUGGGUUUGACUGCUUUGUAUUUACACACACACACAAAUAUAUAAGGUCUGUGAGAAACAGAAUUUUUCCUUUUCCUAGACAUAAUUUCCACUUUUAAUUGGGUUGAAAAUCCCUUUCUUUAUAUUCACUUAAAGGUGUUUUAACUGGCACAUCCUUUCUCUUUAUUUUCAUGGUCAUACUAUUUCCCACAUUGAGAUGGCUUCCUCUCUGCCACAGUCAUAGACAUCCUCAUGAGGGCCCAGAAAUUAUACGUCAGCGUUUGAGAAAGGCCUUCAGUAGUUUUAUCCAUUUAUUGAACGUGAUGGGUGGGUAGGGUUAAUAUGGUACAGAGGUUUACUGUAUGCCUCAGCUGUCUUCUGAGGAGACUUGAUGUUCCUCUUAGCUGAUGGGAUUGCUUUAUCUUUUGUGUUUGAACUUUGAACUCUGUCCUGUGCUCUAUCGAUUUAAGAACUUUAUCCCUACCCAUUAUGUUACAUGCAGACAUUGUACUUUAGAUGUGGUCCUCUGUGCAUUUUUGUUGUUGUUGUUGUUAAUCCUCACCGCAGGAUACUUUUUCCAUUGAUUUUUAGAGAGUGGAAGGGA